AUCUAUUUUUCUCGGCCUUUCUGAAAAGGGAGAACGUGGCUCGAGUUCCAGUCUGACGACUUGUGCAUAGAUCACUUGUUUUUAAAUCACUUAAAAGCAACCAUGAAGCUGAAAGAGAAAAAAUCGAGGCCAGAGCCACCAAACUAUGGCAGAAUUCAGAGGAAGGGCAUCAGAGUUGUGGGAAAAUGGAAGCAGGUGAAGAUUGACCCAAAUAUGUUUGCAAACGGACAGAUGGAUGACUUGGUGUGCUUUGAGGAACUGACGGAUUAUCAGUUGGUCUCCUCUGGGGAGGGUUCCUCCAGUCUCUUCUCAAAGGAGGAGCCCAAGAAGAGAAAGUCACAAGCUGUUUCAGAAGGAGAGGAGGAAGGAGAGUCUACCUCCUCAAAGAAGAAGAUGAAGUUGAAGAAGAGUAGAGCUGUGGAAACUGAAGGAAGCAGUGCCCAGAAAGUGUUUGAGGGCAAAGAUACUGAGCCAGGGCCCCAGGGAGAUGGCACAGUUUGUCCUGAUCCAGAGGUAGGGGAGAUGGCAUCAGAAAGCCCGGCCCAGACGGUUCCAAAAAAGAAGAACAAGAAAGGGAAAAAAAAAUCAGAGCCUCCCCAGGGUACUACUCCAAAGGUGCCCAAAAGAGCAAAGACGUGGAUGCCUGAAAUGCGUGAUCGCAAGGCAGAUGUAUCAGCUUGGAAGGAUCUGUUUGUACCCAAGCCAGUUCUCCGAGCGCUCAGCUUCCUAGGCUUCUCUGCGCCCACACCAGUCCAAGCUCUGACCUUGGCACCUGCCAUUCGUGACAAACUGGACAUCCUUGGGGCUGCUGAGACAGGAAGUGGGAAAACUCUUGCCUUUGCCAUUCCAAUGAUUCAUGCGGUGCUGCAGUGGCAGGUGAAGAAGAAGCCUAUCCCAGCUCUAAGUAACACAGGAGCACCACUUGGGGAGACCAGUAAUGAGGCUGGCGUUGAGACAGGAUCACCAGGCAGGGCUGGAACUGAGUCUGGAGCUUUGCCGUUGAGAUUGGAAGCACUGCCCAGGGAGGCUGGAGCGAAGGCUAGAGCACCACGCAGCCAGGCAAGAGCCAAGAUUGGAGCUACAGUCUCAAACCAGGUGCUGCCCUCCUGUGAUGAUGCUGAUGAUGAUGCCGGUGAAGGACCUUCUUCCCUGAUCAGGGAGACGCCCAUUCCCAAACAGGAUGAAAACAAGGAGGACAAGCUUGAUGAAGAGCAGACUAGAAAGUUCAAACAAGAAUUGGGUGGCAGAAUUGCACAUCCAAGGCGUCCUCUGCUUGGACUGGUUCUGGCUCCCACUCGAGAGCUAGCCGUUCAAGUCAAACAACACAUUGAUGCUGUGGCCAAGUUUACAGGCAUUAAAACUGCUAUUUUGGUUGGUGGAAUGUCCACACAGAAACAGCAGAGGAUGCUGAACCGUCAGCCUGAGAUUGUGAUUGCCACUCCAGGCCGGUUGUGGGAGCUAGUUAAAGAAAAGCACCCUCAUUUGAGCAACCUUCGGCAGCUCAGGUGCCUGGUGGUCGAUGAGGCUGACCGCAUGGUUGAGAAAGGCCACUUUGCUGAGCUCUCAAAGCUGCUAGAGAUGCUCAGUGAUUCCCAGUACAACCCAAAGAGACAGACACUUGUUUUUUCGGCCACGCUGACCCUGGUACAUCAAGCUCCUGCUCGAAUCCUUCACAAGAAGCACGCUAAGAAAAUUGACAAAACUGCCAAACUUGACCUCCUCAUGCAGAAGAUUGGCAUGAGGGGCAAGCCCAAGGUCAUCGACCUUACAAGAAAGGAGGCCACGGUAGAGACACUUACAGAGACCAAGAUCCAUUGUGAGACUGAUGAGAAAGACUUAUAUCUGUACUACUUCCUGAGGCAGUAUGCAGGCCGCACCUUAGUGUUUGCCAACAGUAUCUCCUGCAUCAAACGCCUCUCUGGGCUCCUCAAAGUCCUGGAUAUCAUGCCACUGACCCUACAUGCCUGCAUGCACCAGAAGCAGAGGCUCAGAAACCUGGAGCAGUUUGCCCAUCUGGAGGAUUGUGUUCUCCUGGCAACAGAUGUGGCAGCUCGGGGCCUGGAUAUUCCUAAAGUCCAGCAUGUCAUCCAUUACCAGGUAGGGACAUCAGGGAAUUUGUAG